UGCUGAAUGACUACAUGAAGGAUCAGCAGGUUCAAUUCGAUAAGAUGCUGAAAGACUUCCAAGAAAUGAAAACCAAAGUGGAAAAGGUCGUGGAGAAGAUGAACAAACCCAGCGCCACGGAUGAAGUCAUCCGACUCAUCAAACCGGAUGAGAUCGGGUACGAACAUCCCAAAAAGCCCUUCCUGAUCACGCCUACCUCGGAGGUGUACAGAGGACGGUACCGUGGGUUCAAGGUGGCCAUCAAGAGAUAUACCGACCCUGUGAGCACCAGCCCCAGAAGCGACAACACAACAGUCACUGACUCGUCAAGCAGCGACUGGGCCGCUCUGCAGAGAAAGAUCCGCUCUGUUUUCAACAAGGAAGUGGAAACCAUGAGGCGGUUCGAGUCGCCUAACAUCCUGCGAAUGUUUGGCAUCUGCGUCCAGGACAAGGAGGGACCACAGCCUCAGUUCCUCAUCAUCAUGGAGUACUGUGAGAAGGGAAGUCUCCGACAGGUGCUGAGCUCGACUUGUAACCUGCCCUGGUUAAGGAAAGCUUCCAUGUGUCUGGACGCUGCAAACGGACUCUACAGGCUGCACCAGACAGAGAAAAAGUCAAAGGUUCAUGGAUGCAUCGACAGCAACAAGUUCCUUGUAGCUGAAGGCUACAUAGUGAAGCUGGCAGGUUUCGAGCUGGCUAAAACAGAGACGUCCCUGAAAAGAACCUCCAAGAAAGCGAGGCGCUCGGUGUGUUACUCGUCCCCUCAGAUGCUCAGCGACAUCAACCAAGGCUACAGCAAAGAGUGCGAGAUGUACAGCUUUGGAAUCGUUCUGUGGGAAGUUGCAACUCGCAAGAAGCCUUUUGAAGGUUUGUCGAGUAAGGAGAUUCUUCAGAAAGUGUGCAAAGAGAAGUUUGUGGAGCCGCUCCCUGACGACUGCCCGGAACAACUGGGAAGUCUGAUCAACGCCUGCCGGGCCUACGACAGCUUCAAGAGGCCGUCUGCUGGAGUGCUGGUGGAUAAACUGCGCAGCGUGGUGAGACACUUAGAGGAGCAAUAAAACAACCAGGAAGUGUUUACCUGGAAGUGGAAGUCAUACUUUGUUUUUAAGUUUACUGUAACUUUUCAGGGAUCCAUCUUCAACAAUCACAUGAAACAGUGACGUGUUUUUUUUAACGCAGCUUUUGAAAAAGAAAAAAUUUAAGGUUACAUUUUAUACAGAUAAUUAAUCUACAGUGUGAAUAACAACAGGGACAUCUAGUGGUGAAAUCGUGAACUACAACAUACGGUAAAUUAAUCUAACGGUACUGUAAUGUCGUGCAGAUGUACGGUGAUUUUCUCCGCUCGUUGGAAACUGAAGUGUGAGUUAAGAUCAGAGUCAUCGUACGUUUAUUAUUCAUGUAAUCUAACACAGAGAGCGUGUUGAAACUAGGCUACGAUUGAACUUACGUUUAUUCAUAAGAAACUCUCUACCUUCAUGCCAAGUCAAGUUUGGAGUUCAGAUUUCUUCCUGUUACCAUGAUGACUGUGAAUCGCUGUACAAUCCCUGAUGAUGUUUACAUGCUUCAAUGUGCUGCACAAAUAAAAUAAACAAACUCAAACAUGUUG